GCCUGUCUGAACAUUUACUGUUCAGUGGACUCAUAGCUUAAAAUGUCCCUUAUCCCAACAGCUCCAACGGCACUACUCUCUGUUCUUCUUCUCAGAGCAUGUCGCUUCAUUUUAAAUUCUUCCCUCUCUCUCUUCCCUAUCCAAACCCCAACGUAGUUCGCCCCUGUCUCUCCCCGAGACUCCGCUAUCACUGUCCCCAGGCGCUCCAAAUCCUCUGCGCCGCGAAGCGAACCGGGAAGCAGAGGUACCCAUCCGAGAAAAAGAAGCUCAAAUUGAAGCGUAAAGAAGCAAUCUCGGAUGUCAGUAACAAGUUUGAAGGAAUCUGGAGGCUUUCGAAUCUCGCUGUUUCGGUCCAAAACGACCCCGGCAUGGACUUUCUCGGCGUCUCCGACGGGUUGCUUCAAGAGAUUGCCAAAACAAUAAAGUUCCCGGUUGCGUCUAUGCUUCCAGCAGAAGCAUUUACUGUUAUUAGGAAAUCUUUCGAUGCCAGGAAGAUGUUAAAGGAACCCAGAUUUGUGUAUACUGUGGAUAUGGAUGCCAGUCAACUUAUAAGUCUAGAGCCUCGUACUCAGGAUUUCAUUUCUGAUUUAGAGCCUAGAGUUGGAUUUGUAGAAUAUAGACCUCAAGAAAGAGUUUCAGGUGAUUUGCUCAGUAUAAUACGCAAUUCUAAAAGUGUUGAUAAGCAAAGGUCAUCAGCAAAGGGUGGAUAUAGCAUUUGUGCAAGCUCUGUAGACACAAACAAGAACCCAACGAUCAGAAAGCUGAAAAUUGCAGUUGUAGGGGGUGGUCCGUCUGGGUUGUUUGCAACUCUUGUUCUUGCAGAACUUGGUGCAGAUGUUACCUUAAUAGAAAGAGGUCAAUCAGUUGAACGAAGGGGGCGAGACAUUGGUGCUUUGAUGGUUCGACGAAUUUUAGAAUCAGAAAGCAACUUUUGCUUUGGGGAGGGUGGUGCAGGUACUUGGAGUGAUGGAAAGCUAGUAACUAGAAUUGGAAGGAACAGUGACAGUGUUUUGGCUGUUAUGAAAACUUUAGUUCACUUUGGUGCUCCAAAAAAUAUUUUAAUAGAUGGGAAGCCUCAUCUGGGAACAGAUAGGUUGAUUCCAUUGCUCCGCAACUUUCGGCAGCAUCUACAAAGGCUGGGUGUUUCUAUAAAGUUUGGCACAAGGGUAGAUGAUUUAAUGAUAGAGAAUGGACAUGUUGUUGGGAUAAAAGUUUCUGAUUCAAAUGAAAGAUUGCAGCAUGGAGGCCAGAAGUUGGGAUAUGAUGCAGUACUUCUGGCAGUGGGGCAUUCUGCACGUGAUAUAUAUCAAAUGCUUCUUUCUCAUAAUUUUCACUUGGUCCCAAAAGAUUUUGCUGUUGGAUUGCGCAUUGAACAUCCUCAAGAGCUAAUAAACAGCAUACAGUAUUCUGGCUUGGCUGCUGAGGUUCAUUGUGGACGUGGGAAAGUACCUGUAGCGGAUUACAAGAUUGCUAGUUAUGUUAAUGGAGAAGAUGUGGACACAUCUUCAAAUUUAGAGCCCAAAAUUCGUAGUUGCUAUUCCUUCUGUAUGUGUCCUGGGGGACAGGUUGUUCUUACCAGUACAGACCCAUCAGAACUCUGCAUCAAUGGCAUGUCAUUUUCUCGCCGUGCCUCUAAGUGGGCAAAUGCUGCACUUGUUGUCAAUGUCUCAACAAAGGAUUUUGAGGCAUUGAACUUCCAUGGGCCACUUGCAGGAGUUGAAUUCCAGAGGGAAUUUGAACGAAGAGCAGCUAUAAUGGGAGGUGGAAACUUUGUGGUUCCUGCACAGACAGUUACUGAUUUUCUGGAAAACAAGUUAUCAGUAAAAUAUUUGCCACCAUCAAGCUAUCGGUUAGGAGUAGUGGCAGCAAAUCUUCAUGAGUUGUUUCCCGCUCAAAUAACAGAUGCUUUGCAGUAUUCAAUCCCAAUGUUUGACCAAGAGUUACCAGGAUUUAUCUCUAAUAAGGCCCUUCUUCACGGGGUAGAGACUAGAACCAGCUCUCCUGUUCAGAUUCCUAGGAAUAGUGAGACUUAUGAGAGCAUAUCUUUUAAAGGGCUCUACCCAAUUGGUGAAGGAGCAGGUUAUGCAGGUGGGAUUGUAAGCGCAGCAGUUGAUGGCGUGCAUGCAGGAUUUGCUGUGGCAAAAAAUUUUGAUCUGUUUCACAACGACAUAGAGUUGAUUUUGGGGAAGGCUCAGAGUGUUGGAUUUGUGAAGUACUAGAAACAGUUUGGGUUGUUGCUGUUACACGGAUACAAGCUCUGAUUAUAAUCUAAUAGUUCAAGGGACGCAAGGAGAAACAAUCUUGUCUGAAGUUAAUCUCAAAAGCAACAUGUGAGUUAGCAUACCAUCUCAAUCUUGUGACUAUAAGAAAAUUCCGUAUUUCCAUAUUAGCGGUUGACAUGUCAAUUCGUUUUUAUGUAUGUGCUGGUUGAUGGUUCUCUACUUUUGCCAUUCAUCAUGGUUGGAAGAGUUAAUGCAAGGAGAAGCUGACAGAUAGUUCUUCAAGUCUGCCAGCUGAAGGCUAUCACUCUCUGCUUUGCUGGUCAUUUGGACACUUCUUGACACAUUUUUGCAUGGGUGUCAUCCUCCAUUGGUCCCUAGGAGCCAUUAUAGAGCCGUAGGGGUAUAAAUGAGGUAAACCCAGUACUAAGAUAUUCAAGCUUGAUCUACUUGAUUAUUAGACAAGCUUAAGUUCCAAUGGAUCGAGUUUAAGCUUCCUUGUUCAAGUUUUUUUAAUUAAAGAUUAUGGAGCUCAAGGAUAUACUAAUUGACCUAAUUUGAAACAGAGGAUUUUAAUUGUUUUAGAUAACUUAUUUACAA